AUGCAAAAUAUUCGGGCAAGCCGUAUAGUAUUACAUCCGUUUUAUCCCGCACCAAAAGCAACCUCGCCGUCGCCUCCCCGGUCCAUGUCCACAACCCCGCCGCGGAAGGCAAUGCCUUCAGCAUUGACCUUUGACCUGCAUCGCAAGUGCUCUACUACGAAAGCCCGCGCUAGCACCCUCCACCUCCCUCAUGGCUCCGUUCCUCUGCCGAUCUUUAUGCCGGUUGCGACGCAGGCCUCCCUCAAAGGCCUUACAUACGACCAACUAAAACAGACUGGAUGUAUGCUAUGCCUAAAUAAUACGUAUCACUUAGGGCUGAAGCCUGGACAGGCGGUACUGGAUGAGGUAGGAGGAGCACAUAAAUUUCAGGGAUGGGACCGGAAUAUUCUGACGGAUAGUGGGGGGUUCCAAAUGGUCUCUUUGCUAAAACUUGCAAAAGUUACGGAGGAAGGAGUUCGGUUUUUGAGUCCCCAUGAUGGUACUCCAAUGUUACUCACCCCGGAGCACUCAAUUUCCCUCCAAAACUCCAUUGGCUCCGACAUUAUCAUGCAGCUUGACGAUGUGAUUGCGACGACCUCACCAGAUCAUGCACGAAUCAAUGAGGCGAUGGAGCGCUCGGUCCGCUGGCUGGAUCGGUGCAUUGAAGCCCACAAAAACCCAGAGACGCAGAACCUAUUUUGCAUUAUCCAAGGUGGCUUAGAUUUGGAGUUAAGAAAACAGUGUUGUGCAGAGAUGGUCGCUCGAGAUACACCCGGAAUCGCAAUUGGGGGACUUUCAGGCGGAGAGGCGAAGGAGGAGUUUUGCAAAGUUGUUGACACCUGCACCGGUCUCCUUCCGGAUCACAAGCCACGAUAUGUGAUGGGCGUGGGAUACCAGGAGGAUUUGGUUAUAGGUGUUGCCCUCGGCGCAGAUAUGUUCGACUGCGUUUGGCCAACCAGAACUGCCCGCAGAGAUGAGGGAGGCCUCGGCAUUACGAGAGCAUAUAUCCACCACCUGGCGUCUAAAGAGACGGCCGGGGCUCACCUGAAAAUGACACUCUCAAACGACAUCCAGCAGGGCAAUGGUGCCGCUGCCACACCACCUCAAAUACCCCAAAACCCCUCCCAUGAAGAACACCAGUACUUAAAUCUAAUCCGCCAAAUCCUCACCGAGGGCGAACACCGACCCGACCGCACAGGCACCGGAACACGCUCCAUAUUCGCUCCACUUCCUAUGCACUUCUCGCUCUCGAAGCCCGAUCCAGCGAAUGUAGGAUCGAAAAUCCCUGUUCUACCCCUCCUCACCACAAAACGUGUUUUCCUACGCGCCGUCCUCGCCGAACUCCUCUGGUUCAUCUCAGGCUCGACAUCGUCCAUCCCCUUAUCCGAGGCGGGUAUCAAGAUCUGGGACGGAAAUGGCUCGCGCGAGUUUUUGGAUAAUGUCGGUCUUUCACACCGGGAAGUCGGCGAUCUAGGCCCUGUUUACGGGUUCCAGUGGCGCCAUUUCGGCGCUGAGUAUGUGGAUGCUCAUACUGAUUACACUGGACAAGGUGUUGAUCAGUUGGCCGACGUUGUGAGGAAGAUUAAAGAGACGCCGUUUGACCGACGGAUUAUCAUGUCGGCGUGGAACCCCGCGGAUUUGAAGAAAAUGGCCCUCCCACCUUGUCAUAUGUUUGCUCAGUUUUAUGUCUCCUACCCUGAGGGCAUCGAGGAAGGGAAAGGCAAAGGCAAGGGUGAAUUGAGCUGUUUGUUGUACCAGCGGAGUUGUGAUAUGGGCCUUGGUGUGCCGUUUAAUAUUGCUUCUUAUGCACUGUUAACGCACAUUAUUGCGCAUGCUACGGAUUUGAACCCAGGCAAGUUGAUCCACACGAUGGGCGAUGCUCAUGUAUAUCUGGAUCAUGUGGAAGCUCUGCAGGAGCAGCUGACGAGAGAGCCGACUGAGUUCCCCGAGUUGAAGAUUAAGAGAGAAGAUCGCGGUAGUGGUGUUAUUGAUGGAUGGGAAGAGGAAGAAUUUGAGGUUAUUGGGUAUCAACCUCACAAAGCGAUUAAGAUGAAGAUGAGCGUUUAG